GAAUCCCUUGCGAAAGGCUUGGGGAAAGAGCGCACGAACAGGAGCAAAACACCUGACUGCUUUGGAAAAGAAUCUAGACAAGGAGGAGGAGAGGGAAGAGGAGCACGAAGAGGGCGAAGAGGGCGAAGAGGGCAAGGAGGGUGCCAAGAGGGACGAGAAGCAGCGUGCGGACGACCCGGACGCGCACAUCCAGUCCAUGCCUCGGAAGCAGCACGACUGGAUCUUCUCUGUUGGAUCUCCUAACGUCCCUUCCCUCACCAGCAGCGGUCUCAAUCGCCCAUCUCCUGCACUGCUGACCCUUUCUGUGGCUGCUGCUGCUGGCGCUGCUGCUCUCCUCCUGCUGCUGCACUCUCGACUCUCCCAGACAGCACUUGGGCGUGCAGAGGAGCGUGCGGAGGAGGCAGGCGAGCAUGCAGGGAAGCGUGCAGACACACAGGAAGGCGCAUCAAUGGAGAGAGGGGUGAUGGCAGCGGAUGCUGCAAGGGAUGGGGGAAUACCAAAGGGCAUGGCAGGGGUCAUGGCAAGGGGCAUGGCAGGGGAUGUACCAGAGGGUUCAGUAGGCAAGGAACCUGACGGAGGGAGGGUGGUAGAGAGAGCAGAGGAGGGGAAGGAGGGGUCGGAAGCUCGGAUGGUUGGUGUAGGGGAGCGUGUUAAGGAGAGUGGUUGGGAGAGCGUUAAAGGGGAGGAUGAGCCGAGCACAGAGGUGAGGGCUGGUGAGAUGGAGGGGAGUGAAGCGGAUGGGAGCGAAAGGAGUGAGUCAGAUGAGCAAGAAUGGCCUGGUCCGACUUUUGAGGCACCUCAAAAACCCGGUGGGAGCGAAAGGACUGGUAAAGAUGGGCAAGGGUGGCUUGGUCCGACUGUGGCCGGAGGGGCGGAGAGCAGGGAGCAGGUGGGGAGACGGCAGGGGGGAGGGGAAAGGAGGGAAGGGGCGGAGGGACGAGGCGAGGGUGGGGUUUGGAGAGAAUUGGGUAAAGAUGGAGGUGAUGGGCGUGGGGAUACUAGGCAGAGAGGUAGUGGUGAUGGGGAUGAGGAAGGGAAUGAGGAGAAGGGUGAGGGGAGAGAUAAGGGAGACCUGCCAGGAGACUCGGAAGAAAAACUCCUCAAGUUGCUGCAAGCUCAAGCCAUUAGUGAUUGGAGUAACCAGAUCGUGCUGCAGGGCUUUAACUGGGAGUCACACGGUCAACCCCAGGGCUGGUGGCGGCACCUAGCAUCCCUCGCGCCCGCCAUUGCUGCUGCUGGCUUCACUGCUGUCUGGCUGCCCCCCGCCUCUUCGUCCCUUGCCCCACAAGGCUAUCUACCCAAGGACCUCUACCACCUCGCAUCAGCAUACGGCUCAGAGGCAGACCUGCGCGCUCUCAUUGCUGCUUUCAGGGCCGCCCAGCCCCACACUGCAGUACCCUCAACGUCUGCUGCUAAUGGUGCUACUGUUGCUGCUGCUUCGUCACCUUCAGCCCCUGCUGCGGGUGGUGCAGCGGUGACUGACAUGAAUCCGGGCAGUGGGUCGAAUCAAGCAGCUGAGUGUGCGCCUGUUGUCACUACUGCUACAGGAUGUGCUGGCACUGGUUCUGCUGCCACUGGUGAUGCUGGGAAUGCAGGGGGUGUGAGGGUGAUAGCAGACGUGGUGGUAAACCACCGGGUGGGCAGCCAGCAGGGGGAGGGCGGGCAGUGGACUCGCUUUGAUGGCACGUCCAUGCCGUGGGACGAGAGUGCUGUCACCUGUGACACUGGCGGCAAGGUGAGGUGCAGUGCGGUGAGGUGUAGUGAGGCGUGGUGCGGUGUGGUUGGACGAGUUGAGCGGUCUCGGUUUGAUGGCACGUCCAUGCCGUGGGACGAGAGUGCUGUCACCUGUGACACUGGCGGCAAGGGCAACCCCAGCAGUGGCAAUGUGUUUGAGGGCGUAUCCAACAUCGACCACUCUCAACCGUUUGUGCGCCGAGAUCUCACAGCAUGGCUGACGUGGCUUCAGGCCGAUGUGGGGUUCUCAGGGUUCCGCUUUGACUAUGCCAAGGGCUACAGCGCGGCCUAUGUGAGGGGGUAUGUGCAGGGGGCACAGCUGCGCCUGUGUGUAGGCGAGUACUGGGACACCUGCAACUACGUCGGGGCUCAAUACGAUCUUGAUUACGACCAGCCAGAUUCGCACCGAGGGCGCAUAGUGGAGUGGGUUGAAGGGGCGGACAGGCUGGCAACAGCUUUUGACUUCACCACCAAGGCUAUUCUGCAGGAGGCUGUGAAAAGAAAGGAAUGGUGGCGACUAAAGGACAAGGAAGGCCGCCCGCCAGGCGUGAUGGGCCUGGUGCCCUCACAUGCCGUCACAUUUGUCGAUAAUCAUGACACCGGCUCCACUCAGCAUCAGGGGUGGACGGUGCUGCUUCUGUCUCCAUCUCUCGCGCGCGUCUCCCUGCUCGGCCCCACUCUUCCUCCCCUCCCCCACCCAACCCUCAUCAGAGCUUCAUCUGGGAGUCAACAGCGUGGACGUUUCACACCCAGUAGCAUCAGGGGUGGACGGUGCUGCCUCUGUGUGCAUCGCUCGCACUUGCCUCCCAUCUCGCGCUCAUCCCCCUCUCCCCUCUCCCCCACCCAACCCUCAUCAGAGCUUCAUCUGGGAGUCAACAGCGUGGACGUUUCACACCCAGUAGCAGCAGGGUUGGACGGCGGCACUACCCCUGUCUGCAUUGCUCGCACGCGUCUCCCAGCUCGGCCGCGUCUGAGGGGCGUGUCUCGCGGGUUCCACGUGCUCAGAGUCACGGCCACCAUCCCUGCUGCGGGGAUGCCACGUGGCGCUUUUGCAAGCGGCCCCAAGUUUGAGUUCUGCGUGCAUUGGAAUGCCUCGCAACCACUGGGUGAUUGCCCAAGGGGGGCUUGGCGAACAGCAGACAGGAAGGGGCGGUGGGUGGUGCUGCGGUCACCGUUCGAGGGCGCGUUCAUUGAUGUGAAACAAGAGGGCGGGGACGUCGGGGAUCAUGACGUCAGCAUCAAAAUAGACGAAGACCUCGAGCCUCACCGGGCGGUGUUCUUUGUCCUGGGAUUCCUGCUCAUGCUGCUGGCGGGCCAUCUGAGUUCUAUGGUGGCCUUCUACUAUGGAGGGGGCAUGACGCUGGGCGUGCUGCUCGUGGUGAUUGUCAUUCUCUACCAGGUCAUGCGGUUGCUGCCCCUGGGUCGCAAGAGCAGCCUUCAGAUCCUCCUCUAUGGCUCGCUGAUGGGGUUCAUAGGGGUGAUCAUAACGUACGUCACAGGGGCCGUCAAGACUGUCAUGGAGCCUCUUGGCCUCGGUGAUGAUGUCAUCUCUCCGGUGGUGGUGUUUGUGCUUGUACUGGUGGUGCUUAUAGGAGCAGCGCUGGGCUUCUGGGUGGUCCGGAAUCCCUCCUCCCUUCUCCAACUCUUUCCAAAACCCCACCCUCCUCCCCGUCUCCCUUCCCUCCCCGUCUCCCUUCCCUCCCCGUCUCCCUUCCCUCCCCGUCUCCCUUCCCUCCCCGUCUCCCUUCCCUCCCCGUCUCCCUUCCCACCCCGUCUCCCUUCCCUCCCCGUCUCCCUUCCCUCCCCGUCUUCCUUCCCUCCCUGUCUCCCUUCCCUCCCCGUCUCCCUUCCCUCCCCGUCUCCCUUCCCUCCCCGUCUCCCUUCCCUCCCCGUCUCCCUUCCCUCCCCGUCUCCCUUCCCUCCCCGUCUCCCUUCCCUCCCCGUCUCCCUUCCCUCCCCGUCUCCCUUCCCUCCCCGUCCCCCUUCCCUCCCCGUCUCCCUUCCCUCCCCGUCUCCCUUCCCUCCCCAUCUCCCUUCCUUCCCCGUCACCCUUCCAUCCCCGUCUCCCUUCCCUCCUUUGUCCCACACACCCCAACAGAGUUCAGCCGAUGCUAUCAUCGCCUCAUCCCUCCUCCUCCUCUCCCUCUCCACCACCCUCCUCCUGCACCUCCUCUCCCCCCGCGCCCUCGCGCUCCUCUCCCCCACCUCCACCCCCUCUGCCACCCCCGCCACCUCCUUCCUGGCCCGUGCUUGUGCCCAUAAGAGCGAGCAAGCAUCAGAGCAGGAAGGGGAGGUGGGGAGAAUGGGGGGUGCGUUCUCUCCCCCCCAGCAAUACGGCACUCCCCCUCAAGGGCCGAUGGGAGGAGUGGGGGGAGGGCAGGGGUAUGUGACUCCUUCAAGGGGGGUUGAUGGGUCGCCUUAUACGCGCAUGGGAACGCCUUUCCAGGGGCCACCAGGGACCACCAGGUACGCCCUUUUUGUUCCCAAUGUUGUGUGCGUGUCUCUUGCUCUCUCUUCUGAGUCGACUCGAAAGUCACCACUAGGCACACCACGCACUCCACACCCCUCCUCCCCGCUCGCCCGCGCGGUCUGCCCCUCCUCCUUCCACCGCACACCCCACCGCCGCCACCUCACCCCGGCACAGGCAGCAGCCAUCUCCCACGAGUGCACCCAGGCGGCCCUGCAGGAGCUGGCUUACUCCCCCGGGUUUGGGCAGUGGGUGCUGCAUAACUUCGACCGGAUAGCGAUUACUCCGAGGAUUCUGAGAGAGGAGCGGCGUGAAGCAGAUAUUGCUGCUACAGCUGAGAUGGAGGAGGGGUUUGAGGAAGAGGAGGGGUAG